GUCACUCAUUCGCUGUGCUGCUCGGAGCGCAUUCAGUGUCAACGGCUAAGGACCAAUUCAUGAUAUUACAGCAACCUGAAACAGGGGCAAAGCAUCGUAGUCGUUUAGAUAAUAACUGAACCAACUCUACCUAUUCUACACGGAGCAUACCUUUGGAAGAGAUUGCAAUGCUUCAGAUAAGGGAUCUCAUUUGGACAUUGCUUUUCUUUGGUUAUGCAGCUGCCUUGCAAGUGGAAAUCACUCCAGUCCAGGGAGAGAUCAGCGUGGGAGAAUCCAAAUUCUUUUUGUGUGAAGUUGUUGGAGAUGCUAAGGAAAUAGACUGGUUUGCACCCAAUGGGGAGAAGCUCCUGCCAGGCAGACCAGACAUCAGUGUCAGCAAGAAUGACGAGUCCUCGUCGACGCUCACAAUCUACAAUGCCAACGUCGACCAUGCGGGCAUGUACAAGUGCAUGGCGAAAAGUGGGGACAAGGAAUCUCAGGGCACUGUCAUCGUAAACAUUUUCCAGAAACUCACUUUCCAAAACGCUCCAUCACCUCAAGAGUUCAAGGAAGGCGAUGACGCCGACAUCAUCUGUGAUGUCAUCAGCUCGCCGCCCCCAACUAUCAUCUGGAAGUAUAAAAAGACCAGAAUCCAGCCAGAGACUGAUGUCCGUUUCAAGGUCUUAAGCAACAACCACCUCCAGAUCCGCGGCAUCAAAAAGACAGAUGAGGGUGACUACACCUGCGAGGGCCGUAUCAUGGCCCGGGGAGAAAUCGACCUCAGGGUCAUCAAGGUCAUUGUCAAUGUUCUGCCAAGUAUCAGGACGCGCUACACUGAGCUUAAUGGCACUGCAGACAUCAACCAGGCCAUGACGUUGGCCUGUUACGCAGAUGGCUACCCAGAACCCACCGUCACGUGGGCACGAGGUAAUAUCGUGCUGGAAUCAGAUGGAAAGUACAGUUUGAAUGAAGAUGGGUCGGAGUUGACCAUCAAAGACAUCACUAAGCUUGAUGAAGGAGAUUACCAGUGCAUCGCUAGAAACAAGGCUGGAGAGAGGAGCGAGGAAGUCUCACUCAAUGUGUUUGUGCAACCCAAGAUCACGUUCCUAGAAAACCAGACGGCCUCUGAAUUGGAGGAGCAGAUCACACUAACUUGCGAGGCCACGGGUGAUCCCACCCCCAACAUCAUCUGGAGCUUUGGUCGCCGGGUCUUCACAGAUAAUGAGCAGGCUUCAUGGACUCGACCUGAGAAACACAAGAGUCUGGAUGGUAACGUGAUCGUGCGCAGUGAUGCCCGUGUGUCCUCUCUGACUCUGAAAUACGUGCAGUUCACCGAUGCCGGCCAGUACCUCUGCACUGCCCGCAACUCCAUUGGUCAGGACAUCCAGAGCAUGUACCUGGAAGUGCGCUAUUCUCCAAAGAUCCAAGGCCCUGCGGCGGUGUUCACCUGGGAUGGUAAUCCGGCUAACAUCACCUGCGAGGCCCUCGCUCACCCGGCCGCCUCCGUUUUGUGGUUCCGUGAUGGCUUGCUGCUGCCUAGCGCUAAUACCACCAACGUCAAGAUCUACAACACUCCUUCUACCAGCUUCCUGGAGGUCACUCCGGAGUCCCAGAAUGACUUUGGCAGUUACAACUGUACAGCUACCAAUGUCAUCGGCACAGAGUCAAAGGAAUUCAUUUUGGUUCAAGCAGAUGUGCCUUCGGCCCCCUCUAUCGAGCGUGUGGAGCCGUAUUCCAGCACAGCAAUGGUGGAGUUUGAUGAGCCUGCCUCCAGUGGAGGAGUGCCUAUCCUCAAGUACAAGGCUGAAUGGAGGAUAGCAGGCCAAGACUGGACUGACAGAGAGCAUGAAGUUGAGGAUGGUCUCAACUUGAUCACCAUUGUUGGGCUGAAGCCAGAGACCACGUAUGAGGUCAAGAUAUCAGCCAUCAACGGCAAGGGUGAAGGAGAGAGCAGCCCCCCGGAGAGCUUUAAAACCCAACCUGUCCGCUCCCCUUUCAAAACGUCUUCAGAGACUCCAACUUCCAUUCCUCCAACCACUGCCGAACUUAAAGGGGAACCUAAUCCUCCUAAACUGGACGCUAAGCCACUGUCCACAGGCAACGAGAUGAAGGUCCACUGGAUCAAGCAGGACGAUGGGGGCUCUCCCAUCAAACACUAUCUAGUGCGCUACAAAGCUCCCAACAUCUGCAUUGCAUCAGCUGGAGCAGCUGCUGUUAGAAACGAUGGUCCAAAAACAGCUGCUCAGACAGCGAUUCACGCUUCUCUAGAGUCUUAUAAUCAGACCAGCUUGCAGGAGACAGAUGGUCAGCACGUCGAGAGUUUGGCAGGAAUUAAAAUAGGGAGCCAGUGGAUUUUCGUGCAUGGUACGGUUCCCAAAGAAACCAGCUCAGGGUUGGGCACCGGUGUUAUCGUGGGCAUCCUCAUUGUGGUCUUCAUCCUGCUCCUCUUCGGCGUGGACGUCACAUGUUACUUCCUCAACAAGUGCGGCCUCCUCAUGUGCAUCGCCGUCAACUUUUGCGGCAAGUCUGGGCCCGCUGCCAAAGGGAAGGAUAUCGAGGAGGGAAAAGCCGCUUUCACUAAGGAUGAAUCUAAAGAGCCCAUUGUGGAGGUAAGGACUGAGGAGGAACACACACCAAACCAUGAAGGAGGAGGACCCACCGAACCCAAUGAGACCACCCCUUUGACGGACCCUGAGCACGCUGCUGACAACACAGCAACAGUAGUGGACUUGCUUCCCUCUGUAACCACUAACUCAGACCCCGGCACUGACAGUCCUGCUAGCGAUAGCACCACCCUUACCUCAAGCACUGCCCCUGCGGCCAACCCUAAAGCAGCCCCUAAAGCUACCCCCCAAUCCAGCACCCCCAAACCUAGCGUCACCUCGCCCACCUCCCCACAAGCUGCUCCUGCAGCCGUGGCCCCUCUGGUGGACCUGAGCGAUACACCCUCCAACCAGACCUCAAAGUCCUUAGAUGCCCCCCAGCCAUCUGAUUCAACCCCUGCAGAUCUGGCUAAAGCCGAUGGCCAGAGCCCGGCUAAGCCGGCCAAUCCCCCCCAAAGUAAGGACUCUCAGGUACAGGGAGGAGCCCACCAGACCACAGAUAGUAACCUUGCCAAGGAUGCGCUGGGCAAGCCCUCCAGCGACUCCUCCAGCGCACUGUCCGCACCCAACCAGGACGAUGGUAAAAUUGUUGUAGAUGACAAAAGUAAAGCACCAGACAUGGAGGUAAAGAAAAACCCGGUGGAGGUGAAGACAGUCCCUAAUGAAGCCCCCCAGAUGAACAGCAACGAGAGCAAAGCAUGAUCCGGAAUGGGCAGCGCACAACAGUCGCAGACAGACAGCACCACACCACCACCACAUCUCAAAUACAAGGGUUUCUUUCUUCAGUGUCUUUAAGUUCGCAGAACAAAACACGUCUGCAUAUGCCUUUUAUUUUGUACUUUUCGAUUGUUUUUACCAUUGAAACGUUUCUUUUUUUUUUCAUCAGUGCAAGAAGGAAAGAUUCUUUACCUCUAGCGCAGUCUCCUUGACCUCUGUAAGUAAGAUCAGUGUCUUUCAAAUAGGCUUUUGAGGAAGUUCAUUAUGAGAAAAACAGUAGGCUAAUCACCUUUUCGCCUUUCAUUCAUUCAGCCCACAGUGCUGUUUCAAUUAUGUCCCGUUUUAUUACAUGCAGUAUUGCCAUUGUUAUUGUCUGUCACAUUCAUUUUUUGGGGAACAUUUUUGAUGUUUUACUUGUGUUUAAAUAAUGUACAAAAGCAACCGCCUUUUAUUUUAUUUUUUCACAUUAUUUUUUUGAGAGUUAGCGAUAGAUUUUUAGCAUGCUUGCUUUGCAGAAUUAUUUUUCUAUAUGGCCUUUUUUUGUUUUAUCCCAGCCCUGAGUGUUUACAGCAUUUUGCUCCGAUAUCCCUCAUUUGCUUCUCUAGCAAACCCGACACAAACAAUUACGCAGGGUAGAGGUCUGAACUAGCUGUUAGGGUUAUACUGUGCAAAUCACCACUACUACUUUUUCCUUUUUUAUAUUACAACGCAUCCCAUUUCUCCUAAACCUUAGAGUUUCUUCUUUACUUUAGGUGAUACUUGCUUAAAAACAUCCAGUAAGUUCUUUUAAAAAAAAAACAUAAGAAACAACCAGGAGCUCUCCUUGAGAAAAUACAGUACAAGCGUCGCUGCUGCGUUACGUGCAGAUACAGCUGUUGCACUUGUGGCCUAACGAAAACAUCAGGCGCAUCUCGCAGGAUGUCCCAUAUGACGUCUGCCUGUUGCUCCAUUGGCUUUUGCCCAUUUAAUUGAUAAAUGUUGCAUUAAAAUGAAGCCGUGACCCUUUGAUACUAACAAAAAUUCAAAUGCUUGUCAGGUUUUUUUUUGUCUUAAAUGGCCAAAUUAUUGUUUUACUUUUUAUUUAAGCCAUAGUACUCCGGUGUGGAUCGUAGCAUAAAGAAUAUUGAGCCUGACUUUUUUUGUACAGUGUUUCUCAUUCUUUAGGCUGCAAGCUUGUGCACUGUGAAUGCGUGAAAAUCCUAGUGUGAAUACGGUGUGUUCUUUGUACUAGAAUAAAACAAACAAACAAAAAAGUUUCCAUAGGUUGUGAAAGCCGUAGCUGUUAGUUUAAAUGAUGUUCAUCAUGAUAAGAAUAAAAAAAGAUGUAAAAAAA